CUAUGCAGUAUGGGUUUUGCUCAUUGUUGAAGGCCGUAUGAUAGCCUAUAUGUCGUUUGGUAUCUGAUCAGGUGUAGAUUCAUGAUCUUGAAAAAAGGGGUCCCCUAGAAAGCCAACGUUUGGAGUUAAAAAGAUAAAGACAUCAUUCAAAUAACCAGACUACUAGUGUAUUCAUUUGUUGUGCAUUUAUAAACGCGAAAAUACCCUCAACUUAGACACUUGAGAAAAGGGAUUACACAGAGAGUAAUAUGGACAAAGACUGUUGUUGAAAGUUUCGCACUGCAAUGAUCUCUGCUCGGAUGUUUCAGAGUGUCUGCUUGUUGAUGAUUUUCUUCAAUCGAUGGACCUUUACAUCAGCGCUUGAUCCAUAUACCAAACAGGCCCGAUUAUGCGAUGGUGUUGUUAUCUGGCCCGCUAGGCCAUUGCUACCGACCAGAAGUAUUGAUCAUGGUGAGAGGUUUCCAAGAGAAAAGGCAGUCCAUGACUUUGUAGAAGAUCUUGAAGUUCUGGUGAGAGAAUCUAGAACAGGUAUACCUGUCGGUAGUGCGCAUACACGCCGUAAAAGAAGUGCCAAUGACGUGGUGGAUAAAGUGUGUAAUGAUAAUAAAGGAACAGGUAACCCAUGGGAUGAAGAUUUACCUAGUACUGCAUACCGGAUGUUAAGAGGAUUUAUGGGUUUAUGUAACGACCGGGAUCAAACUAAAAAAGAAACUGUCAUUCAAGAACAAGAGAGCAGAAAAAAUACCCCAUCACACGGUGUUGCUGAUGUUACUCCGGUGAAGAAAAAGAAGAAGAAAACGAAGAAGAAAAAGAAGAAGAAAAAGAAGAAACGGAAAAUACAAGAAAACGUGGAAACUUUUCAGCCAGCCGAGGUCCUAACAAAAUUGAAAGACAAACCAUUUGAUAAACCAAAAGCAAAAGUUUGGGAUUUUGUAGAACCAGACAAUACUGCUAAAAUGGCACCAUCAGAUGACACUCAUCCAGACGUAAAAAUUGUUAAGUGGAAUGGAGGGAAUUUUGUCGAUCCACAUUCAUCCAAAGUAGUAUCGUUUGGAAGACGCAAGCGCAGUACAGACCAGAUUUUCACACUACGAAAUGUUGACCACACAGCCUCUGGACAUUCUGCAUGUUUGCCUCAGUAUGAUUUAUUCUGGUUCAAGGACAUUGUUGAGUACAUGGGAGACACGUGUUGGGUGCUUGGAAAGUUUUCUCGCAAGUUUUACUACUCUUCACAUUGCAUGCCUGGUGUGUGUCACGCUUCAAUUCCAUUACUUGGUAAACAGUCCCAUUGUUAUCCUGGAAAACAUUCUACACACGUUAUAUGGUUUUAUUGUCCAAAUUUAGAGCCUGGUGAAAGGUAUCGAAAAAUGGCGUUCAAUUUAGCUCACAAUUGUGAAUGCAGGACUUGUUGAUUCGUAUAACUUUGUACAUUAUUAAUAAAACAUUAUUCAUGUGUGGUUGAAAUGAAUUAAAA